AUGAGAUCGCAAUUCAAAGACGAACACCCAUUUGAAAAGAGAAAGGCAGAAGCCACCCGGAUCUCCGAGAGAUUCAGCGAUAGAGUUCCCGUCAUCUGCGAGAAGGUGGAGAACUCAGACAUACCCGAGAUCGACAAGCGCAAGUACUUGGUGCCUGUGGACUUGUCGGUGGGCCAGUUUGUGUACGUGAUCAGAAAACGCAUCAAGCUCCCCAGCGAGAAGGCCAUUUUCAUCUUUGUCAACGACAUCUUGCCCCCCACCGCGGCGUUGAUCAGCACCAUCUACGAGGAACACAAGGACGAGGACGGUUUCUUGUAUGUGUUGUACUCGGGAGAAAACACCUUUGGCCAGGUGGACCUUUCGGAGCUCGACUUCACCGACUUGGACGGCUACACCGGGCCAUGA